AUGUCACAAAACACUAAAACUAGAUUCUCCUGUCAGACUUGUCGAGAACCAAGCCAAAAAUCUGACAAAGUAAUUUCAAAAAAAUCGGAGGAAAGGAUGGAAGAGCUUAUUAAGUCAGUUUCUUUUAUGAGUUCACAAUUUGAUGAAUUCAACAAAAAACUGGACGCGGCUUUACUGGAAAUGAAUCACCUACGAACAGAAAAUAAUAAAUUAAAAAUUGAAAAUACUAGAUUAGCGAACGAUAUACUAGAUAUAAAACAAAAACUUGAUACAUUUGAACAAGCUAACAUGGGUAUCGGUAUUGAAAUAACGGGCAUACCAAAAAUGGAAAAUGAAAACUGUAUUAAUACAGUUAAACAAAUUGCUGAAAAACUAAAUAUUUCUAUAACUGUAACAGAAGCUUCAAGAUUAAACUCAACUAAUAACAAACCGUCAAUAAUAAUUGCAAAACUAGAAACUUCGGAAAUGAGAAAAAACCUAAUAAAAAUAAAUAAACUACAGAAACUAAAUGCAAACAUGCUAUCAGAAAAUUGGAAUAAAGAAAAUAAAAUCUACAUCAAUGAACGUUUGACGAAAGAAAAACGUAUACUUCACUCAAAAACAAGGGCUGCUGGUAAAGAACGCAACUACAAAUUUAUAUGGAUUUCAAAUGCAGAUAUCUUAAUAAGAAAGGAUGAAAACUCUAAAAUAACUCGAAUAAGAUCAAUCAACGACAUUGAACGCAUGUAA